GCCCUCGACAGGUUCUGCGACGGCGCAGACGACUGCGGCGACAAGUCGGACGAGCCGCGCUACUGCUCCCCGUGCAACAGGACGUAUUAUGGCGACGUAGGCCGCACGUACGAGUUGGAGGUACGACGACCGCGGGAAGACCGCCUGCCCUUUCUCUGCCACCUCAACUUCACGGCUGCCGGAGGUGACUAUGGGGACAUCGUGCAGCUGACGUUCGACACGUUUACGGUGGGCAAGUUCGUGUCGUUCACGAGCGACGGCUGCCCGGACGGCCACAUGAGCAUCCGGGAGGCGGGCCGGCCAUCCACGGGCGGGCAGUGGUGCGGCAGCGCUUGGGGCUACACCGUCUACUACAGCGAGACGCCCUCCAUCAACCUCACCCUGCUGCUCUACAAGCUGUCCGAGCAGGGAAUCGGCUACAACUUCAACUUUAAGUUGUCGUAUAAGGUGCUGCGCGAAGAGGAAGCGCGGGUGCGCUACGGCAACCUGUCGGCAGCUUCCAACAGCAGCAGCGGCGGCGCCAGUGGCAGCGGUAACGGCGUGCCGGCGUGGCGCGGCGACCUGGUGCCCGGCUCGUACUGCGACCGCGUGCUGGAGCGCUGCGACGCGCGCGCCUGCCGCGUGCAGUCGCCCAACUACCCGGGCGUGUACCCGCGCAACGCCACCUGCUACUACCGCGUGGAGCAGCGGCCCGUGCCCAGCGGCCGGCACGCGCUCAUCGCCGUCAGCCAGCGCCACUCGCACAAGGUGCACAUCAAGGACCAGGUCGCCGAGUACGACCGCACGCAGCGCGUGCUCAGGGUGUGGGAGCAGUGUAACGUGGUGCAGGACUACCUGACGAUUUACGACGGCUCGUCGACGACGGACCCGGUGCUGGUGCGGCUGUGCGGCGGCGACGCAGUGCCCGACAUCGUCAGCAGCGGACCCAACAUGCUGCUGGAGUUCCACACCUCGCCCUACGACAACCCCUUCCACCCCGUGCCGCUCAGCUACUUGCCUGGCUUCGAGCUGCAAGUUGAGGUGGUGCUGGUGGACGCCCGGUCGCACAGCUACGUGCGCGACCGCAGGCACUGCGAGUUCCUGCUGACGAGCUUCGACGCGCCGUGGGGCGAGGUGGAGAGCCCGCAGCACUCGCUGCCGCCCAACACGACGUGCCGCUACCACUUCCAGGGCCGGCGCCACGAGACGGUGUGGCUGUCGUUCCUCAAGUUCCACCGCGCCGACUGGGACACGGGGGCGGCGGUGGCGGGCUGCGUGCACCUGUGGGACGGCCGGCUCGACCCGGUGACCAACAGCAGCGGCGGGGGCGGCGCGGGGGCGGUGCAGCUGCUGGGCGAGUUCUGCAAGGAGGAGGCGCCGCGCCUCUGCGACCACAGCCUGCUCAGCAACAGCACGCGCCACACGCGGCCCUGCGCGCUGCCCGAGAGCUACGUGUCGUCGGGCCCGGAGCUGACGCUCGACACGUUCCAGGCGAGCGCGCUCUUCCCGCUAUCGUUCCUGCUGCGCUACGAGUUCGUCGACACGUCGCUGGAGGGCGCGCCCGCCGCCGGCGCCGAGGCCGGCCCCUGCGACCGCGUCUUCCGCUCGUCGCCGCUGUCGCCGCGCGCCGGCCGCUUCCAGUCGCCGCGCAGCGUUUUCCUGUACGGCCGCGGCGGCGCGCACAACCUCAGCUGCGUGCUGCGCUUCGAGGCGGCGCCGGGCGAGCGCGUGCGCCUCACGCUGGCGCGCGCCAGGUUCGGCGGCCGGCCGUGCCAGACGCGCCGCGACGCCGACACCGACCGCUGGUCGUGCGCCGUCCCGCUCAAACUGCCGCUCAAGAAAUAUCCCAGGAGGAAGCGCGUCGGCGUGGCGGAGCUCUCCCUGUCGGAGUACCCCUGGACGGGCGUAAAAAUACAGAGAGACUGCUUUUGCUCUCCAGUGCUCGAACCGGUCGUGAUCGACACACUGACCUCAUCUACCGUAGAGGUCAACUUCACCGUAACGUUCAUGAACAUCACCCAGGACUUCAAAGACUUCUUCUUCGACGGAGAGUACGAAUUCAUCUCCAGCUCCGACGCCAGCACACCUGCCUGCGGACAGUCCAAGGAAAACGUCGUACUUCGCGGCUCCAGUGGCGAAAUACUCUUGGGCGGCGCGGCUGUCAAAGCUCCCACCUCUUCCGAACUGCCUAAGCUGAAGGUGGAGGAAGGUGUCCAGAGCGACUCGAACGACGUCCUGCCGUCGCGGUGCAUACACCUUCCGUGGCUCAUCCAACCGGAGGACGCGCUCAAUAACUACCUGUACGUAAAGAUCGCAGGCUGGGAGAUCGCAGGCGACAGGCGCGACUGUCCGACGCCGAACCGCAUACUGGUGCACUCUGGAGACGGUCACAGGCCCUCGGUAGUGGUGUGUCCCGCCAGUGCUGGCUCUGCCGCAGACAACGAGGUGUCCGGAGGGGGCGUUGUGGACGUGUUUUCGGACGGCUGGGACCACCGCAGUCCAGUGCAGCCGGCAGAUAUCCUUCCUGCGCUGCGGUCGCCACACGCGCGCAGCCUGGUGGUCGAGUUCCUGGAGAGACGGCCCGGCACCAGCUAUGCCGUCACGUGGAUGGAGGUGUCACGGCGACCUCUGCUCUCUGCAUCCAGCUAUCUGCUCACUGCCUCCUCUGCAGCGCCUUCGGAAUGCUUAUAUCGGUGUCCGGAGCUGAACGCGUGCAUCAGCGCGGCGCUGUGGUGCGACGGCGCGCGCCACUGCCCGUCCGGCUUCGACGAGGACGACGCCAACUGCGCGUACCAGGCGGCUGUACCGGUGCUGUACGCGGCCAUCGGCGGCGCGGCGCUGGCGGCGCUCGUGCUGCUCGUCACGGCUACGCUGCUGGUGCGCGUCUGGAGGCGGCGCCGCGCGCGCUCCCACAAGCAAAGUGUUCUGUAUGUGAGGUUGUAA